UCAGGGGAGGAGAGGAAGGGAAGGAACCAUUUUCCAAGAGGGAGGUGCUAUGAAAGUCGGGACCGUGUUAAAGUUACUGUACUUCGAAACGCUGACAAGAGUUAUGAGUAACUUCUGCUGACAAAUGGGACAAAAUGGGAAAGAGAUAAACGGUGGAGUCAGUCGAUGAAUAUCACCCUGAGGCCGUAUAACACAUCUUCUAUGCUGCUGAAAAGAGGCCCAGAUGCUCCAGAAUGGAUCAGGCACUUCCCAGCCAGAGCUCAGCUUCGGACCAGCUCGAAACAGACAGUGAGGAACUCAACCUCAGAGUGGACUUCUUCAGGAAACUGGGUUACUCCUCAGCAGAGGUGAAGACUGCUUUGAGGAAGCUGGGCCUGGGCACAGACACUAACUCUGUGUUGGGCGAGCUGGUCCGAAACAGGACCAGCACUACACUCUCCGUGUCCAGUUCUGACAGUGAUGAGAUGGGCACAGACCAAAAGGACCCUCUGCUGCCUCCCAGUUGGGCCCUUGGACCCAAGAGAAUCACACCCCAACUCGGGGAGCAGAAGAAUACUGACACUGAAUUGAGGCCUGUUGUUAUCGACGGCAGUAAUGUUGCCAUGAGUCAUGGCAACAAGGAAGUCUUCUCAUGCCGAGGCAUCCAGCUCGCAGUGAACUUCUUUAUGGGCCGAGGUCAUAAUACUAUUACUGUGUUUGUUCCCACUUGGAGAAAAGAGCACCCCAGACCUGACACCCCCAUAACAGAUCAACACAUCUUGAUGGAGCUUGAAAAGCAGAAAAUUGUGGUCUUCACUCCUUCACGCCGUGUUGGGGGUAAGCGAGUGGUUUGCUAUGAUGACCGCUUUAUCGUCAAGUUGGCGUAUGAGUCAGACGGAGUGAUCGUAUCGAAUGACACCUACCGUGACCUCCAAGGAGAAAGACCUGAGUGGAAGAAAUGCAUCGAGGAGAGGCUCCUCAUGUACUCCUUUGUGAAUGACAAGUUCAUGCCCCCAGAUGACCCUCUGGGUCGCCAUGGCCCCAGUCUUGACAACUUCCUUAGGAAAAAGCCUCUGCCUACAGAGCAAAAGAAACAGCCCUGUCCGUAUGACAAAAAGUGCACUUACGGCAUCAAAUGUAAGUUCUACCAUCCAGAGCGGUCAAACCAGUCUUACCUGUCAUUGGCGGAUGAAUUGAGAGAAAAAGCGCAGAUUUCUACUGUAAAAGAAGAGAGAAAUAUCAGAUUAUCACCCAGACAACUUCAGUCUGAACCUGGGCCUGCUCAUAAACCCUGCUCCCAUCCUCACGACUCUAACACAGAGUACAGAAGAGACCAGCAAAGUCCGUCACAUGCUGGUCAGGUUAGUGAAAAUACACUGCUGUACUGGGAGGAUCCUAGAAAAAGUCCAAAUCAUAUGCCCUGUUCUGCAACAGGAAGCCAGUGUCAGAAAGAUUGGUCUGGGCUGCACUCGAUGCCCAAUCAUUACUAUGCCAACAUGUCUCACGAGUACCUGGAUUCUGGCUUUGGUUCCUAUGAAAGCCAGUACUCUGACUUUUCACAUUACCUCAGCAACUCCCAGAGGCUCAGGCCCCAGCAGCCUGUCCUCAGUGGACCCAGACAUGCCUCAGUGCAUUUAGAGAAAAAUAACACCAGCCAGUCUUGCAGGUGCUGUUCCCGUGUAGUGCCCUCAGCAGCUCAUCAGCAGCAACAUCACGGAAACCUGGACUCCAAGGGUCAAGCCAAAUACGACACCUACCCUCCUCACAUGUUCCCACCUGGUGUGCCACAGCAACACAGCCUCCCCAGUCAUCUUCAUUACAGCGGAGCCACACAUCAUCAGCAAAAUUACUGGUCAGACCCCUUUCAGGGGCUGCCCCAAGCCAGGACAUCGCAUAGUCUCCCCUCUUCAGUCAGUACCUCAUACUCACACAACUCUUGCUGCUCUUAUGGGCCUCAGUACCAUUACUGGGGCCAACAACAGUCAUCCACUCCUGCGUUUGACCCACAGAGGUUGGAACUUCGCAAGAAUCUGCAAGCCAUCUUCAACCCACAUCAGGUGGAUACAGUCAUGGAAAUGUUUCCACAUCUGAUGGAUGCAGAGAAACUGGCCGCAGAGAUCCUCAACCUGAAGACUCAGAGAGGGAUAUUCUGAUGAUUUUCUUUCCUUGCAUCUUCUUCAGUCAGAACUAACAUAAUAUUUGUGUUGACACUGUCAUAGCAAACAGAGAAUCUCUUAGAUAGGUUUUAUAGUGCCUAUCCUUAAGUGAUUUGAAAGCUAAUUGCUACAAUGUUUUAUUUUGUCUAAUGUGCCAUUAUGGAUGUGCAAUUUGCCUUUCUACUUAUGAACAGUUUAGAUAAUCUGGUCUGAGCUGUAUGUUAUUGUAUGACAUUGUAGUCAAAUGCGAUCUCGUCAUCCUUGUUCUGGAUGAAAAGUGCCUUUAGAGCAAAAAAUAGUUAUUACUAAUUUUCUAGAGUUUUGACUGUUGAUGCAUAUUGUGUCAAAUGUGAUAUAUUUGAAUCAGUAAGUUCUCAUGCAAUAACGAGUUGCUGUACAAAGUCUUACUUUUUCUUGUACUUUCAUUAUAGUUCUUCAAAACAUCUGGGUCUUCAAUAUUAUCUCUGUGAGGUGCAGCCAUAGUAUUUUUCAACAUACAGUAUUUACAGUAAAUCCUAACCAAAUGAGGAAAUUGUAGAACACUUGUAAAACUAGAAGUUGAUACUAGCGAGAGGAAUUCGCUGGUUCGUCAGCGCCUUGUUCCUGUUAAUCAGCAUCAGUUUCAUAAAACAUUCUUAGAACAGAAGUGCUGCUGUAACACUACACACACAUUUGGGUUAUUGUGUGAUUGAAAAAUGACAAUAAGAAAAUUGAAAUGUAGUUCUCAUGAACUUGUAAGUAUCUGUCCUGUUGGAAAAUCACUUUGUAAAUGUACAUACACUGAAAGAUAAAAGUAGUAACCAUGUAUAGGAAAAACCAUGUCACUGAAAAUAAAAAAUGGGACGUGUCAGAUAUGAUGCGUGUCAGUUGGACUUA